AUGUCCAAAGUCCAUUUAAAUAGCUCUACAUCUUUGACCAAUUUUUUAAAUUUAAAACCAAUUGACAUAAUUUUGGAUGAAAAUAGAGAACUUCUGCACAGUCAAAAAGAACAAACACGAUUAAAAAAUAGACAAAUUAUGAAACGUCUAAUUGAUAUAACAGUUUGUCUUGGUAUAGGUGGUAAACCGUUUCGCGGGCAUAGUGAAAAGUCUAAUGAUAUUCACAAAGGACUUUUUUUGGAUAUAGUAGGUCUCUUAAAAAAAUAUGAUCCUAUACUAAAUGAACAUUUGAACUCUGGACCAAAAAACGCACUAUAUUGUAGUAACCGUAUUCAAAACGACUUAAUUUUUUCCAUAAGUCAAUUGAUGAAAAGACAAUUAAAAUAUUGUAUACAAGAUAAAAAAAUAUCUUUGAUUUCCGAUGAAAUGAGUGAUUUAGGUCAUCAUGAACAAUUAUCAAUUGUAAUCAAAUACUUUGAUGACAUCAAGUGCUCUGCUGUAGAACAGUUUUUAACAAUGAAACGAAUUAAGUCAGUUAACGCUCAAAGCAUUUUCAAUACAUUGAGUGAUGUCAUUGAAGAAUAUAAUAUUAAAUGGGAAAACAUUGUUUCAACUUGUUUUGAUGGAGCUGAAACAAUGGCAGGUAGUACUGCAGGUGUUCAAACUAAAUUUAAAGAAAAGAAUAAAAAUAUAUUUUUUGUACACUGUUACGGCCAUUGUUUAAAUCUAAUUUUGGUUGAUUCUGUUGGUUUAGUUUAUAAUUUCAUAGAAGGUAGCUGUUCAAGACAUGCUAUUUUUGAGCAAAUUGUCAAUUCUACCAAUGCAAAACUCAAAACUUUAAAAUCUUUAUCUAAUACUAGAUGGGCCUGCCGCUCCGAAGCUGUAAGUGCAGUAAAAAUAAACUAUUCAUCUCUUUUAGUAGCAAUUGAAGAAAUUAUAGAUUCUACAAAACAAUCUGAAAUUAGAGUUAAAGGUUUAGGUAUUAUGUAUCAACUAAAAAAAUUUGAAUUUAUAUUUGCUUUAGAAAUGUUCCAUCCAAUUCUUAGUGCAGUGUUGAAAGUAAGCACAUUUCUACAAACUUCUAACAUAAAUUUGUUGACAGCAGUGGAAGUAGUAGAUUCGUUGAAAGAAUCACUGAAAAAAAUGAGAAAUGAGGAAUACGAGUUUCAAAAUAUUUAUAAAAAUACUGUUAAAUUAUGCACUGAUAUCGAUAUUCAAAUUCCAGCUGCAAAAAAAAGAAAAAUUUCAUCGAAAAUAGAUACUUCUCAUACCAGCCAGUAUUUCUUUAAAACUAAAGAAGAAGAAAUGAAACUUAUUGUUUAUAAUACAGCUUUGGAUCAAAUGAUUAAUGGAAUAUCCAUUCGUUUUAAUCAAGAAACAAUUAAUAUGAUUAAAAGUAUAGCUAAUUUGAUAAUUUUACAAACGAAUGAUGAAGAUAUAUGUACAUUAGCUUCAUCGUUUAAUUUGGAUACAGAAACAUUACAAACAGAAAUACGACUCUUGCAAAAUUACGACAGUGUUCCUCAAAAUGUAUUGAAAAAUAAAUGUGAUGAAUGGAUCAAAUGGUUAUCUUCAUGUGAUAGACAAAAUAUUUUCCCUAGUAUCUUAAAAGUAUUGAAGUUAUUUGUUACAAUACCAGUAACAAGUUGUAGUUGUGAAAGGACUUUUUCAAAACUGAAUAUGGUUAAAACCAAGUUACGAAGUACCAUGGGUCAGGAAAGAUUAGAUUGA